GAAACAAAACAAACCUACUGUCAUUAAUGAAGUUGUAAAAUGUCAAAGGAGGAGGAGGACGGACGGACUUUUCAUGACUCCUUAAAGCCAGAGUGCGCGCACACGCAGCUGCGCGCCUGAGCAUUGUGCACCCUGUACAGAGGCGCACACGCCUCAUGAGCGAAGGAAAAGAAUCCUGCCUGGAGUUUUGGAGGAAAAAUGCUGCGGGCUGGACUACCGACACCCCGUCUGUGCUGUGGGUGCGAGGAGCGGAGGCUCGACAGAUAAAGUGUACGGAUCAUGUCCGGAGAGUCAGAGAUCCUCACUGGAAAAGUUCCUUGAUCUGAUCAAAGCAAGAGGACGAAAAACAAAAAGAUGCAUCUGUGUCGGAGUUACAAUUAUCAAGUGUUCCCGGACCGGUACGCGCUGGAAACACCGACCGUCAGAGGCAUCAGAUGGACUCCUCUGACAGAGGUGCUGGACUCAAAGAACACCAUGAAGCAGUUUCUUUCAGAUCGCAUCGUGAAGGCAGCAAGAUCAGUGUACAGCGUUAUGAUCGAGCACAACCCGAGUCUGAUCCGAGACAGGAAACAUCACCUUAGAACAUACAGACAGUGUUGCUCAGGUAAAGAACUUGUGGACUGGCUGAUGAAACAGAAUGAAGGCCUCCAAUCACGAAGCCAGGCAGUGGGAAUGUGGCAGGUUUUAGUGGAUGAAGGAAUCCUCGUUCAUGUGAAACAUGAGUUGAACUUCCAAGACAAGGACACCCAGUUCUACCGCUUCCAGGGCUCUGAGUUUGGCCUGAGUUACAUAACAAAUGACAAGGAUUCAGAGGAGGAGCUUCCGGAAGCGCUGUCACUGCUGUCUCAGCUGGGGCCCGAUGCUCUCCUCACUAUGAUUCUACGAAAAUGCCCCAGUCAGAGGAGUGCUGAGGACCUGGAAGUCAUCUACGAGGAGCUGCUCCACGUCAAAGCUGCUGCUCAUCUUUCCACCUCUGUGCGUAAGGAACUGGCAGCGGUGCUGGUUUUUGAGUCACACGCCAAAGCUGGAACAGUGUUAUUCAGCCAAGGAGACAAAGGCACAUCUUGGUACAUCAUCUGGAAAGGCUCUGUAAAUGUGAUCACACAUGGGAAUGGCCUGGUGACUACGCUACAUGAGGGUGAGGACUUCGGGCAACUAGCUUUGCUUAAUGAUGCGCCUCGUGCUGCCACCAUCAUCUUGAGAGAAGACAAUUGUCACUUCCUCCGCGUCGAUAAGCAGGAUUUCAUCCGCAUUCUCAAGGAUGUGGAGGCGAACACGGUGCGACUGCAGGAGCACGGCAAAACUGUGCUGGUGUUGGAGAAGAGCGCCAACUCUGCCGAGCAGGGAGGAGCCGGAAACGUCAGCAAUGUAAUAUGCAGGUACAAGGUGAUGUCAGGAACACCUGAGAAGAUCCUGGAACAUCUGCUGGAAACAGUCAAGUUGGAAUCUAAUGUAAAUGAUGCUGUAGAUCCCUGCGUGAGUGACUUUCUGCUCACCCACAAAGUCUUCAUGCCUUCCAGUCAACUCUGUGCUGCUCUGCAGCACCACUACCAUGCCGUGCCUACCGAGGGCUCAGACCAGGAGAAGGCAGCUUAUGUUCUCAACACCAAGAAGAAGGUAGUAAAGCUGAUUGGCCAGUGGGUGGCGCUUUACGGCCAUCAGCUGAAAGAAGACUUGAUUGCUGUUGACUUUCUGGAGAAGCUGAGGAAGGAGGUGGCAGGGGAUUUUCGUCUGUGCAGCAUGCUGAAAGAACAAUUUAGGGAGAGGCGGAGGACUAAAGUGUUGGAGAACGGACAUCAGUCGCUGUGCAGGCAGUUUGAUUGGUUUUCACACUGUGACGAGCCAUUGGGGAAGUUGCAACCAAUCAGACCACAUGAUAAAGUGAUGUAUGAGCUCCACAGGCCAGACGGCAAACCUCUGACUCUGAUACUCCCAGUGAACUCAUCUGUUCAUGACGUGCUGACAGCUGCAGACAGACCUGGAGGUGAUCACGUCCUGGUCAAAAUGAACUCCACGGGAGAAAGAGCUCAACUAAAACUGGAUGCCACUGCAGUCUGCACCACCCUGGGACUCAACGAGAGGCUGUUCCUCUGUAAAACCAGCCAAGUGGAACAGUUGAUUCCUCUGAACGAGCAGCAGGGUCCACAGAUUGGAACCUCAGACGCCCUGGAACAAAUGAGUUCCAAAGAUAUUGCCGGUGAACUCACUAAUUAUGACUGGGAGUUAUUCACUGCCAUGCAUGAGGUUGAGCUGGUCUACUACAUAUUUGGCCGUCACAAAUUCUCAGGUGCGAUCACGGCUAAUCUGGAGCGGUUCGUGCGUCGUUUCAACGAGGUGCAGUACUGGGUGGUGACUGAGCUGUGCCUCUGUGAAGACCUGAUGAAACGAGCCUCUCUGCUCAAGAAGUUCAUCAAGAUAGCUGCAGUAUUAAAGGACCAGAAAAAUCUGAACUCGUUCUUUGCUGUCAUGUUUGGUUUGAGCAACAGUGCGGUCCACAGACUUUACAAGACCUGGGAGAGAAUACCCAGCAAGACAAAGAGAGUUUACUGUGGUUAUGAGAGGUUGAUGGAUCCCUCACGUAAUCACAGGGCCUACAGACUGGCCGUGGCCAAAGUCAGUCCUCCUUAUAUUCCCCUUAUGCCGCUGCUGCUCAAAGACAUGACAUUCAUUCAUGAAGGAAAUCCAAACUACUUGGACAAAUUGGUGAACUUUGAGAAGAUGCACAUGAUUGCCAAAACAGUGAAAAUAGUGAGAGGAUGCAGGAGCCAGCCUUACGUGCCGUCAUCACCACAGAGAGGUCUGGCAGAUCGGAUGUUUUUAGAAGGGCCAUCCAUUCGAUUAUCUACAUGCUCAGAACCAUCCUUCCCACUGAGGACUCCCAGCAACAUCCGACACUACAUCCAGAACCUCAAAGUGAUCGAGAACCAGCGCAAAUUAACGCAGCUGUCAAGGACACUCGAGUACUAGAACAUCAGCUUGUAUGAGGACUGGAGUCCUAAUGUGAAGCAGAGAGUAGAUUUUAGCUGGAGGAACAAACAAACUUCCGCAGUAAGAUGAAGCUCUGGAGAGUCACUGUAAUGGACAUGGCAGACGCACACCGACGAUGGCGAGGGAACACUGUAGGACUGAACAAGACAAUCCUGUCAUGUGCGUGCGUGUGUGUGUCGGGCGUGUGGAUUCUUUUACCCAAACUAACUUUUAAUUAUUUAGUGUGUGAAUCACAGUCAGACCCCAUCCCAUCCCAAAGACAAAAUUAAUUUCUGACAUAUGAAAGCUAGCAAAUGGUACAUUUUCCAUUAAAUAGAAAACGGUGCAAAACUGGAGUGCCUUGAUUAGAGAGAGUGGUGUCAAAUCAGAACAUGGUGCCAUUUUGGUUCCAACUGCACUGAACUACUGAAUGAACCUUUAAUGUUUUCAACAUUUUUUUUAAAUCAUUUAACCACAUAC